AUGUCGGAACGUAAGGUGUUGACGAAAUAUUAUCCUCCGGAUUUCGACCCAAGCAAGAUCACUCGAACGAAAAAGGUUCCCGGCGAAGUAGGCCCUAAGACACAGACAGUCCGCCUCAUGGCUCCCUUUAGUAUGAAGUGUACCGCGUGCGGUGAAUAUAUUUAUAAAGGGAGGAAAUUCAAUGCGCGCAAAGAAACUACCGACGAGAAGUAUUACGCCAUCACGAUUUACAGAUUCUACAUCCGCUGUACCAGGUGCAAGGCUGAGAUUUCAUUCAAGACGGACCCGAAAGGGAUGGAUUACGAAUGCGAACGAGGCGCGAAACGUAAUUUCGAGCCCUGGAGAGCGAAUGGUGAGAGUGCCAAGGUUGAGUCGGAAGAGGAAAGGCUGGACAGGCUUGAGGCGGAAGAGGCAGAACAAGGAAGUGCGAUGGAACAACUAGAGGCAAAGCAAGUGGACGCGAAGAGAGAGAUGGAUAUUGCAGAUGCUCUUGAUGAGAUCAGAACGAAGAAUGCAAGAAUACAACGUGCGGAAGGAAAAGAUGAGGCUGACAAGGCCCUCGAAAUUGCUGAGCAGCAGCGGAGAAGAGUGGAGGAGGAACGACAGAGGAUCGAGGAAGAAGACGCUGCGGAGGCGAGAAGAGCGUUCGCAAGGAGCACAGACGCCAAUGAAGCUACUGCUAAAGAGGGAAGCGAAGCGUUCGCCCAAAACUCGACGAAUAAGUCAGAUGAAAGCAAAGCUCCGAAGGCAGGGGAUAUGGCCCCACCGUCAUUCAAACGAACGGUCAAGAAGAAGAAGGAUUUCGGUGCUGCGUUAGGUAUCAAAAGAAAGUCACUAGUAUAG